AUGGCUGAUCCGUACAGUAUAUUGGGCCUCAUCAGCCCGGCUGAGCAAGCCGUCCGCCUCAUCAAAAGUCUCAUCGAACGACACAAAGCCUACCAGGAAAACAAAACGCUCUCUGCCGAAAUGCUCACCGCCUACACCACCUUGCGGACACAAAUCAUGGAGCUGAAAGACAUGCCGAUCCAUGGAACGUCAUCGCAGCACAUGGGCUUGCUCCAACAUGAAAUCGAGGACAUCUCAAGCUUCAUAUUGAAGUCCCUCGAAGAGCUGCAGACAGAGUUGGACAACCCAAAAGUGAGACUCGGUGCGUACGCCUCUGCAGUGGGAGAUAGAGGAGUACUAGAGAAGCGCAAGCAAGAAGCGGGCCGCCUUCACGAUCGUAUUCUAAAAGCAAGCGCGGGCAUCGAUAUUCGCGCGACUCGCGCGGCCGUCGAGUCGACCAGGCCAGGCACGGGUGAUAUGUUCAGGGCGUCAAUAAGAGCCGAACAUAAUUCUGCGUCGAUAUACGUGAAGCUUGAUUCUCGGGGAAGCGAUGGAUUACCCAACACGUGUGAGUCGCGUCUGAAAGCAGCUGUGCUACGGAGAGACAGGAACAUGCAAGUAGGUGCGACAGCAGUGGGACAGGGCGGAGUCGGGAAGACAUGCGCUCUACGAGCGAUCGCACACGACGUUGAGAUUAAGGCAGAGUUUUCGGGAGGAGUGUACUUCAUGUCGUUGGGGAAAGACGGAAACGUGGGACGACUGAUUGAAGAACUGUGUGUGAUUGUGGAAGCGUCCGGUGGGAACCAGACGGCUGCGGAAAUGCGAGGGCAGAGCGAGUUUGGAAGGGUGUUAACGAAAGUACACGCAUGGUUUGGUAGUCAUGUAUGUCUGUUUAUCAUUGAUGAUGUGUGGGUGGUGAAUGAUAUAGACGCGAACAUCCUUCAAAAGUUGUCUGUUCUGGCUGACACUGCGGGGGGCAGCGGGGAAAGGAGGAGCAGACUACUGUACUCUACGAGGGAUAGGGAGCUGCGUCAGAUCGGGGAGCGGGUUGCUUUCGAGCCGAGGGAGACGGAAGGGAAAGAAGCAGUUGACAUGCUUGUGCACGCGAGUGAGGCGAAUCGAGACGAAGUGGAUGAUGCGAGAUGCAAAGAGGCCGUGGGUGAAAUACUGGAAAUGUGUGGCGGAUUGCCGCUUGCGCUGAACGUGGCGGGAACGAGUGUGAGGUACAUGAGGGAAAGAUGGGAGGGAGAAGUGUCAGAAGCAUGGGGGGCGUACCUUUCGAGGAUGAAGAGUCGUAACACGAUUCGCGGGGAGAGUCCGAAGGACGGAUAUUCGUCGUUGGAUGGGACAUUGCAUACGUCACUAGAUAUCCUGGAAUCGGAUAUAGGAAACGGUGGGGAGACGGUUGAUGAUUUUUCGUUUCGAAAGAUGCACCGGAGUCUGUGCGUUAUGAAGAAGCAAGACCGGAUACCUUUGAGUUUGGUUAGAGAUUUGUGGGAGAUGGACGACGAGAGGACGGAAUGGUGUGCAAAGGAGAUGGAAAGGGUUGGAUUAGUGGAACUGCAGUAUGAGAAGGGUUGUGGUGGGUUGCGGGUGCAUGAUCUGACUCACGAUUUCGCGGUGCAAGAAGCGAAGAAGAAGGAGGGUGUAGAAGAGUGGUGUAAGAAGAUGGCGGAUGUAUGCAGGGCAGGAGGAGGGUUGCUUGAAAUGAGUGAGGGCCGAGACGGAGAGGGCAAGAGCGCACGGGGGGAGUAUGUUUUCGAGAACAUAUAUCGUGUUCUGAGACAGGGUGGGUGUGUAGAGGAGCUGAAGAGACUAUUUUUGAGUGCGCGAUGGGUGAAGACAGUGAUACAGAGAGGCGGGGUUUGGCAAUACGAGGAAGCUGUGAAGGGAUUGAGUAGAGAGUUGAAGCGGAAAAGAGGAAGCGGGAAGGUGGGAAUGGGACCGGUAGAUGAGGAUGCAGUGGAUGCAAUGGUUUUGAUGAUGCGGGCUGCGCGACUGAGUGUACCGUUUUGCGGUGAAAGUAGUGCUGGGAUUUACUUUCAACUAUAUGGACGAGUGAAGCACAAGGCACGGGAUUCAAGUUGUGUGCAAAAGAUGCUGGAGGAAAUCGAGAGAUAUGCACCGCGGCCGUGGGUGCGGCCUGUGAAUGAGUGUGUAUCGCGAGCCGGUGGAAGGUUGGUGGACCAUAUUGUUCUGCCAUAUUACGGUGCGCACGAAAUUCAAGUGGGCAUAGAUUCCAGUGGUGAAAUGUAUGGAUGUCAGGUGGACAAGUCCGGGGCCGAAGUAACAGUUUUCACGCAAUCUGCUGAGAAGGAGACGAAGAUGGUUCGAUUAGAAGGCGAGUUCGAAACGGAGAGCCAGGACGCAGGGGACCUUGAAGCAAGCGGGCACAAAAGGGGUGCGCGUUUGAGGGCAUGUUUUCGGAUGUGCAUUGGAAGUGUAACCUCCGAAGUGACCGAUGUGACUGGAAAAAAAUGGAGCGUGACGAAAACUACCUGCGCAACUUUCUGUGAGAGGAAGGGGUAUGCUGUGGUGGGAUAUGAUGACGGGACGUUAAGGCUGUGGAUCGGACACACGCAUGGGGUGCAUAGCGUUGCCAUGAGUGGGGACGGAAGGCGUGUGGUAUCUGGAUCGGCGGACAAGAGCGUGCGGGUGUGGGACGUGGAGACGGGAGCACAAAUCGGGGACGCGUUAGUUGGACACACGUAUGCGGUGGUUAGCGUUGCGAUAAGUGAGGACGGAAGACGUGUGGUAUCUGGAUCGGAGGACAAGAGCGUGCGGGUGUGGGACGUGGAGAGAGGGAUCACACUUCAUACCGGGAGGGAAGAAGAUUGGGAAGAAAUCGCGAGUCAGUUCCUGAGGACGGCAGACUUGGGUACUGGUUCUCGCACCGGACGAACAUCAGAAAUAUUUUCAAGAGCGGGACUAUUUUCAAGGGAGGGAGGAAUUGUGCAACGGCGAAAGGAUGGGUCUGAGGCUGUCUUGGCCCAGUUGGACGAUCCAGUAGACUUGCAGAUAGACCAGGAUCAUGGGGUCGCAGUCGGAGGGUCGAGUCGUCUGGUUGCUAUCAUGAAGCUAGUGGUCUAA